ACGAGCAGGGCUGCGCAAAACCCGCCAACAGCCGGGAGAAAUGCUUUAUUGAAAUCCAACUACCUCCACAACAGCUCCCCCUCUAGCUCCCGGUUGUGAGGACAGACUUUGCUGGGGGUAAGCCAGGAAGGGCAAGUCCCUUUCUUCAAAGAGACUGCAAUGAGCACCAGAAACUUUCUUAAGUGGAGGAAUUGGAUGGCAAGGCCAGAAGAUGCGUAAGGUAUGGAGGGUACACAAGGCAGGAAAAUUAAUGAGCUCCAUCUUUGGCAUGGAUUAGAGAAUUCCACUGUGAUGCUGGCAGGGCUUCUUCGGCAGCACCAGAACUUUAAAGAAACCCCACAUUUAGAGCUACGAGGAACAAAGAAAAUGGAUCACAUGUCUCCCAGGUUGAGAGCUUUUCUCUCUGAACCCAUUGGAGAAAAAGAUGUUGUCUGGGUAGACGGGAUCAGCCAUGAACUUGCAAUCAAUUUGGUCACCAAAGGUUUCAACAAGGCCUACACGCUGUUGGGACAGUUCCUUCUGAUGCACAAGAAUGAAGCUGAGUUUCAGAGGUGGCUCAUUUGUUGUUGUGGUGCCACAGAGUGUGAGGCUCAGGAGAGUUCUAACUGCCUGAAGGAGUGGUGCUCCUGCUUCCUAUAAAGACACCUCCUUGCUCUGCUGCCCGGGAAAUGACACGUUCUGUACCUAGACCCAGGCUCAGAGUCAUUAUUUUGUUUUUCAAGUUGAAUGAUACAUGAUUGUUAUAAAAAGUAAUUGAAGAAUAUAAAAAAGGACAAACACAAGAAUAAUGACCCAAAGUUCACCACCCGGAAGUGACUUUCAUUCCCCUUAAAUGAAUA